AUGAGUGCCGACGUUAUUCACGCGGCCGGGCAGGAGCCGGCGAAGGGUUCUACAUUGGAAUACGACCGUUUCGAAGAUGCCUCGGAAGAGAUACGACUUGUGGAAAUUGUUCACCACACAGACCAAUGUCUCAAACUGAAGUUGCGCAAAUUCAAAAUUGCCAAUGCUCCAGAAUACAAUGCGAUAUCGUAUACGUGGGGUGAUGCAGGAGUAACGGUCGAGAUCAUCGUCAACGAUCAGACGAAGCAUAUCACACGAAACUGUCGAUUCGCCCUCGAGCAAGUUCAUUGGCAUAGUCAUCUGAAUCAACCGCACCCAGUCUACUUCUGGAUCGAUUCGAUUUGUAUCAAUCAGGAUGAUGACGAGGAGAAGAAGCACCAAGUUGCAAUGAUGAGUCGCAUCUAUACACAAGCAGUCAAAGUGUUGGCUUGCAUAGGCGACCACCAAGACAACAGCGAAGAUCUUGCCACGACCUUGGCGGCAGCGAGGGAUUUUGCUGAGCAAUGCAAAAACGGGCAAUACUUUUCUAAUGCAGAGAAAAGUUGGUCCAGGAUAAAUGAUAAAACCACAUUGGGUGCGGUUAAAUCGUUUAUUUGUAACACGCUUGAACGUAAAGACGGUGGAGAAUUGUUGAUGAGAAGGUUUUUGGAUACAUUUUACGAUUUCUCAGCACGUCAAUAUUGGACACGGCUCUGGAUUAUCCAAGAAGUAGCGGCAUCAAAACACCUCGAAGUUCUAUGUGGCUUCGAUAAGUUUUCAAGACCGGACAUCUUUCUACUUGACUGGAUUGCCACUUCUUAUAGGUGGUCUUUCUAUGUUCGCAUCAACGCUCCCAGAGGUUCAUUCUACAACAGUAACAUGACUUCCUUCGAUCGUGACGACGCCUUCUCGUUUCUCACAUUUGUUCUAAACCGCAAUUCGAAAGAUCGAAUCCCAGCUAUAGACAUAUUCUCCUCGAGGAUCCAAUUUGGAUGUUCACGACCGGAAGACCGAGUAUACGGCAUGUUGGAUCUGGUAGAAUGGCCCAAUGUCGAGCCCUCUAUCAAACUCGAACCAGUCUAUGGGCCGUGUGCCAAUAUGGAUGUAGCUGAAUAUUUUCUCAGCUAUGUCGACUACACAUAUCGCCAAUAUCCACCAAUCUUUAAGGGACUCGAGAUCUCCCAUGACUUGAGUAAGAUGGAGACACUAAUCAAGGAUCGAUCUGUUGAAUUACCGACACCUCAAGCCACACCAGGAAAGUACUCGACACGGAUGUACGAUCUUGACAUAAACAGCUGCGAAAUUUUGUCCAGAAAAAAUAUGGACAGGCUCACUGCGGAACUAGUUCGCAUCAAGACCACCACUCGCGACUUCCAUCCAACAACUGAUAUGAUCAACAAUGCACCCCAGUUGUUAUACUCGGAGUCUGACAUCGCGGGUUUACUUUGCAGUAAAGCCCGAGAAAACGAUUUGAUAGUCAAGACUCCCUUUUCAAAAGGGCUUCUUGUGUUACGGGAAACCGGAAAUUCCAACGAGUACGAUAUUAUUGGACAAGGGUUGUUGCUUGCAGGAUUUGACUUCCCUGAAACACGGCUACUGCUUGUGGAAACUCGCGAAAGAUAUGCGAAUGAAUUGAUCAACCACUACAUUCGUCUGAUGUGGAUUCAAGCGGAUUUGGGGACUGGGGCAUCUGAUAGAUACGAAUUUCGACGCGAAAACCUUUACAGGGAACGUUUUGCAGGCUGUCUCGAUGUGCUUCAAAAAUAUUAUGGAGUGAGAUUAGAAUCAUCAGUCCAUGAAGAAGAACCACAACCGAGCAUGAUAUCGGAAGAAAUAUCAUCAAGCACCAUUGGAUUCGGUGACGAUCUCUUCGAGCAGCCUCAUCCUGAGAAAAGAGGGCAGCACGUUUUGAGCCAGAUUAGAAGCCUUUUGAGACGCUUUGAGGAGAUACAAAGGAUUGCAAAGCAGGACAAGCAAAGUUUAGACCAACAAGGUCGGAAAAUUGGCUGGAGACAAACUUUCAUUUUGAAGCUUGAGCCACUCGAGAUGUUGCUCCUGGCGUGCCAGGAUCUGGAGAAAGACGGAACCCGCAAUGAGGAUAAGAUGAUGGGGAGACUCAAGACCAAAGUGUACGGCACAGUUAUUGCCGAGGACUAA